GGGAGCGGGGAGCCGGGAACAGGAGCCGGGAACAGGAGCCGGGAACAGGAGCCGGGGCCGGAUCGGGAACGGCGGCAGCAGCACGAUGGGGGCCUGUCUCGGGGUCUGCUCCCUGCUCAGCUGUGUGUCCUGUCUCUGUGGCUCCGCUCCGUGCCUGCUCUGCGGCUGCUGCCCCUCAGCCAAGAACUCCACCAUCUCCCGCCUCCUCUUCACCUUCUUCCUCUUCCUUGGCACUCUGGUGUCCGUCAUCAUGAUAAUCCCCGGCGUGGAGAAGGAGCUGCACAAGCUCCCGGGCUUCUGUGAGGGCAGUGGGUCCGUGCUGGGGGUGCAGACCCACGUCAACUGCGGGAGCUUCCUGGGCCACAAGGCCGUGUAUCGGAUGGGCUUCGCCAUGGCCGCCUUCUUCUUCCUCUUCGCCGUGCUCAUGGUGUGCGUGCGCAGCAGCAAGGACCCCCGAGCCGCCCUGCAGAACGGCUUCUGGUUCUUCAAGUUCCUGGCGCUGGUGGGGAUCACGGUGGGCGCCUUCUACAUCCCCGACGGGGCCUUCACCUCGGUCUGGUUUUACUUCGGUGUGGUGGGCUCCUUCCUCUUCAUCCUCGUCCAGCUCGUGCUCCUCAUCGACUUCGCGCACUCCUGGAGCCAGCUGUGGCUGCCCAAGGCGAGCGACAGCAACGCCAAGGGCUGGUAUGCAGCCCUCUGCACGGUCACCUUCGUCCUCUACGCCGCCUCCAUCGCGGCCGUUGCGCUGCUCUACGUCUACUACACCAAACCCCAGGGCUGCACCGAGGGCAAGGCCCUCAUCAGCAUCAACCUCCUCCUCUGCCUCAUCGUCUCCGUGGUGUCCAUCCUGCCCAAGAUCCAGGAGGCUCAGCCGCACUCGGGGCUGCUGCAGGCGUCCCUCAUCACCCUCUACACCAUCUACGUCACCUGGGCCGCCCUGGCCAACGUGCCAACCAAGGAGUGUAACCCCACCCUGCUGGUGAGGAACAGCACCAGCACAGAGACGGCCACAGAACCAGUGACAACCUGGUGGGACGCCUCGAGCAUCGUGGGGCUGGUCAUCUUCAUCCUCUGCACCCUCUUCAUCAGCGUCCGCUCCUCGGACCACCCCCAGGUGAACAAGCUGAUGCUGACCGAGGAGGGCGGGCGCGGGGCGGGCCCGGGGGAGGCGGCAGAGCCGGGGCCGCACCGCGCCUACGACAACGAGCAGGACGGCGUCUCCUACAACUACACCUUCUUCCACCUCUGCCUCCUCCUCGCCGCCCUUUACAUCAUGAUGACCCUCACCAACUGGUACAGGCCGGAUGAGAGCCUGCAGGUGCUGCGGAGCCCCUGGACCGCCGUGUGGGUGAAGAUCUGCUCCAGCUGGGCCGGGCUCCUGCUCUACCUCUGGACAUUGGUGGCCCCACUGGUGCUGCCGAACAGGGACUUCAGCUGAGGUGGCCCCCGGGCAUCCUGUUGCCAGGUCAGAGCCCUGGUGGCCUUGUCCCUCGGGGCCAGGGGCAGCCCCAGCUCUGCCUUAGCCCCAGCUCUGCGUGUGGGAGCUGCUGUGCUGGGCUGUGCCUUCUUGCAGGUCUUUUGUUUUAAUUUGAAAGAGAUGAAGAACCAGCCAAGCAGAGAAAUUGAGGGCUGAGAGAGACCUGAGGGUGUUUUUGACGCUUCUCUUCGUGCCCAUGUUUGUCUAGUGCCUUUGGUGGUGCCUCCAAUCCCUCUUCUCCCAGCAGAGACCAGUGCCUUGCCUCGGGAGGGUUUGGUUCCCACCAGCUGCAGUUGUCUCACUCAGUGUCCUGGGGACAUGGUGCCUUUUGGGGGGCUCUGGGGUCCAGGACCUGGCCACUGUUGUGUCCCCAAACUGCCUGGAGGAAAACGAAUUGCUGAGAUGUGUGGCUGGAGGCAGAUAUCCCUCUGCACCCCCCAGCCUCGGUGGUGACCCCAGCUCCUCAGGGGAUCUCCUGCCUGGUUGUCCCCGUGGGAGAACAACCCCCCCUGAUCCUUGCUGGAGGACAGGUAGGGUUUCCUGCAGGCUGUGCUGCCCCAGCACCUCGCCAGGUCAAUAAAGUCUUGU